AUGGCUUUUCGGUGUACGAAAUUACUGAAAAUAAUCAGAAGUACAAGUGUUUUCCGACACAACCUGAUCGCAACUUCGAUUUCUUUACCUGAAGAAAUAAAAGUAGUGAAACCAAAACAAUACAAAACAGAAGAUAAUUUAAUUUUUUUAGGGGAUCCAGAUAACUUUGGCUCCUUGUCAAGAACAAUAAAACCAUCCCCUGAACAAUUAGAAGACGAAGGUGAUAUUCAAGAAGAGCGUUUUUUACAGAAUAAACCUUUACCAUCUCAGAAGUUAACCAUUAAACAGUAUGCUGACUUAAUAAAGCAAUUUGUGAAACAAAAAAGGAUUAAAGAAGCUAUGGAUGUACUAGAAGUGAGAAUGUUGAAAGAAGAUAGAGUGAAGCCAGUAAGCUAUAUUUUUAAUAUAUUAAUAGGUGCCUGUGCUGAUGUUGGAUACACAAAGAAAGCCUUCAGAUUAUAUAAUGAUAUGAAAAGGAGAGCUGUAAAUGUAACAGGAGACACAUAUACAUGUCUCUUCAAUGCUUGUGCAAAUAGCCCUUGGCCUCAAGAUGGUUUAAGAAAUGCUAAACAUUUGAGGGCGCUAAUGAUAGAAAAAGGAAUUGAACCAAACUUGACUAAUUACAAUGCAAUGAUAAAAGCAUUCGGUUGGUGUGGUGAUUUGCCAACUGCUUUUCAAAUUGUUGAUGAAAUGAUGCAAAAAAAAAUACAGAUUAGGGUGCACACAUUUAAUCAUCUUUUACAUGCUUGUAUUUCUGAUAAAAAUAAUGGUUUACGACAUGCUCUCCUUGUUUGGAGAAAAAUGUUAAAAAUGAGAGAGAAGCCUAAUAUUUACACAUUUAAUUUAAUGUUGAAAUGUGUAAAAGACUGUAAUUUAGGUUCUAAAGGUGAUAUCGUAGAAAUGAUAAAUACAAUUCUAGCUGCAAUGCCACAAGUUAAAACGAAUAAUGUUCAGUUGGAAUUCAUGCAAAAAAAUGAAAUUUUAAAUAUAGGGUGCCAAGAAAAAACUUUAAUGCAAUCAGAUGCUGUACCCAUUGUAAAUAGUGAAAUUAUUACUCUAAAAAAAGAUGAAAUUACUUCGGCUGUAAUAGACACAGAAGACAAUGUUACAACACACCCUGUAAACAAAAUGGUCAAAGCUAAAUUAAACAAUAGGAUGGUUCCCAAUUUGCUUUCAAGAGUAUUAAAUAUGAACAAAGUAACAGGAUUACAAGAAGUGCAUACAGUACAAGAUAAGUUUGCUAUAAUCGGUGGACAAGAGGAUUUCCUUAAAGAAAUGGAAGUUUAUUCUGUAAAACCAAAUGUUAAGACAUUCACACAAAUGCUUCCUUUACUGGAUAAUACAACAGAAGCUGAAAACAAACUACUGGAAGUUAUGAAAUCUUCAGAUAUUAAGGCAGAUAUAGAUUUCUAUAAUAUGCUGAUAAAAAAGAGGUGUCUUCGAUUAGAUUAUGAUGCGGCAAUUGAUGUAAAGCAAAUAAUAAAAAACGAGUCUGAAUUUCGAAAGAAGCGAUAUCCUCAGUCUAAAAAGUUAAAAUUGAAUGUCAAUAUAAUGACAUAUGGAGUUCUUGCAAUGUCCUGCAAAACAAGAGAAAGUGCCAUGGAGUUGCUGAAUGAGAUGAAUGAAAAAAAAUUGAAAGUGAACAUAGAAAUACUAGGAACUCUUUUAAGGCAGGGAACUGCGAAUAACGAAAUCGGAUAUGUCUUGUACAUAAUGAAUGUGGCUAAAAAGGAAAAUGUAGUGCUCAAUGAAAUGUUUCUAAAACACUUAGAAGCUUUUAACGAUAAAUGUCGUGAAAGGAUCAACAAGGAACAAGCUACAACAGGCUUUGUCAAAGCUUUUGAAAACUUAUCAAAAUACUACACCAGUUGGUUAAAAGAUGUAAAUAUUCAAAAGGUACUGCAACCAGACCAUCCAUGGCAACAAUUCAGACAAAACUAUCCUGACACAUUUCAGCGAGAUAAUAGAGUAGCAAUCUCACAGCCUAAGAAAUUUUAUAAACGGAACCGAAAACAUAUACCUUAUGUACCAAAAAUUGUAAAUUAA